UCCCUUUACCAACCCAUGUAUCACCCUUCAGAGAUGUUUUCACAGUAUGGGGGCUCCUACCCUCUGCGACCUCCCCCACCUCCAGGAGCUGGGUAUACCCAGAGUCAGGCACCCCAAUACGAAGCCUUCAGAUAUCCAGACCUCGACACUGGCCCCAAGCUGGACAGCUUCUUCCCCAGCCUGGAGCCUUCAGGGCGCCUCCUGCCCCCGGCUCCUGGCCUCUCCUAUGGGCCUAGUCAGGCUCUGCCACCAGGUCCCCCACCAAACGCACGCAUCCCCUCUGGAGUACGAAUGAGCCUGGAGAAUGGGGAGCUUUGGAAGCGGUUCAGCGGCAUUGGCACAGAGAUGAUCAUCACCAAGGCAGGCAGGCGGAUGUUUCCACAGCUUAAAGUUUCAGUAACCGGACUGGAUCCCGAGGCCAAGUAUUUGAUGCUGGUGGACGUAGUCCCAGUAGGCGGCUCCCGAUACAAGUGGCACGGCAAGCGGUGGGAAGCCAGUGGCAAGGCUGAACUGCCGCCCCCAGACCGGGUCUACAUCCACCCCGACUCACCUGCAUCAGGGGCACACUGGAUGCGCCAACCUGUAUCCUUCCACCGGCUGAAGCUCACCAACAAUACAUUGGACCCCCAUGGACACCUGAUUGUCCACUCCAUGCAUCGUUACCAGCCACGGAUUCACGUGGUUGGAGCCGGAGGGCGCCGAGGUGCAGGAGGCGGCUGUGCUUCCUUCACUUUUCCGGAGACCCAGUUUCUGACUGUCACGGCCUACCAGAAUCCACAGAUUACUCAAAUGAAGAUUGAGAGCAACCCCUUUGCCAAAGGCUUCCGGGAGAAUGGGAUGAACAGCAAAAGGGAGCGUGAGGCCAGAAUCAAGAGGAAAAUGAAGUCAAAUGAUUGCGAAACCAAUGUGGGAGAAAGCGAGAGCAAAAAAGGCCCAUGCGAUUCGACCCUUACAGAGGAGAUGCCUUUGGAUCACCAGCCACAGCAGCCACCACCCCUGGUGCUUCCACACCCUUCCUGCUCCUUCUUCCCCACUGGAGGGACAAACCCCAGUGGAGCUGAGGCUUAUGUGCAACACCCAGCUGCCUUCCAUGGUUUGCGAGGAGCCCCGUCGCCCUACAGCAGCCCAAGUCAAGAAAUGGCACCUCCACCAUCUUCACCCACGGCCAAGUCACCUCCUGAGCAAUCAGACUUCAGAGCAAUGCUCCCAACAAGUUGGAACGGCCUGGAUAUAAUUCCAUUCCUUGGGGGCCCAGAACCACCAGAUGCUUCUCCCUUCCCACCUUUCAAGUUCAGCUUCACACCUUAUCCCCCAACCCCUCGUGUGUAUGGGCCUCCCACCAGCUAUCCUGGCUCCCAGCCACCCAUGCUCUAACCCUUCUUUCUCCCACAAAACCCAGGAUCC